GAGCCCAUACGGUGACGUCACGUGUCUCGUCUCGCGCAGCUUCACACUUUCACUUUGAAUUAUCGGGAAGAAGCUGCGUUUUAACUUCAGAGCGAAGUGAAGUAAGAAGACUCAAAAUGUCAGGCAGUGACGCAGAGGUGGAGCCCAUGGAGUUUACUGACGGAAGCGAGGAGCAGCCUCCGAUGUCUGAAGACAAGUAUGCUCAGAAAAGUGCAGUUUCUACAGCAGGAGAGGAGGAAGGUUCUUGCUCUGUCCCAGUGAACCAUUUCUGGUACGUGAAAAACAUCUACAAGGAGGAAAUUAAACGUAUAGAGAAAGAAAAUGGUGUAAAAAUCAUGGCAGAGGUAAAUGUGACAUUUCAAGAAGACCAGAAAGAUGGAAGACCACCAAAAGCUCUCUCUGAGUUCAUAAGCCUUGUCCAGAAGUCCUUGGGUGAAUCAAAUAGCUCAAUUAUUCCUCUCAAGAAAGUAAAUCCAGAAGAGUGGGAGGACACAGUGAAUAUCAUCCAGAGAAAGGAAAACAAACUUUUGCUUACAGUAUCCUCUGAAGAAAUUACUGCAUGUGGGCCAAGACAAAGUCAAGAUGUCAUCAGAAAGUCCUUAACCGCAACAACAAAUGGAGAGUCGACAUGGCUGUCUCAAGACACACCACCGAACUUUGGCAUGAGCAUCAAAGACCCUCUUGUCAAUGCUGGACUAACCAUGGAGGAGAGCUACUGGGAGCGGAUGACUACUUCCUUCCUAGUAGCUGAGAUCAAAACUAAGUUCAAUGUGGACUUUAAAGAAUCAUUCAUGGGUCAGGGCAAAGUCAAAAUCAAAGCUUACCACAACAGAUUAGAAGGAAACGUGUCAAUGGUGAGCCACGCUGUCAGAGCUCUUCUUCAACUGUACCAGAAGAUGGCCACAUCCCCUAUGAGCUUCACCUGGCAAAAUCAGUCAGAGGGAGCCUCUGGUGGACGUGGGUUAGAUGGACAAUCUGGAUACAACACUGGAGCAGCCACAGGAGGGGGAGCAACAGCAGGCGACCCAGCAGAAGACGAAAACUGUCCUAUAUGCAUGGAUAAGUGUACCAAUAAGAAACAGCUUAAGUGUACACAUGAAUUUUGUGCAGAAUGCCUGGAAAAAUCAACACAAGUCAUUGGACCCACCUGUCCUGUUUGCAAAGAUAUAUUUGGUCUGAUAGAGGGAGACCAGCCAGAUGGAGAGAUGAAGUGGACAUGUUUUCCGUCACCCCUCCCUGGAUUCCCGGACUGUGGCUCUAUAACCAUCUACUAUAAUAUUCAAAGUGGAGUACAGACGAAAAAACAUUCAAAUCCUGGGAAGCACUAUUAUGGUUUAACCAGAACAGCAUACCUGCCAGACAACAAAGAGGGCAACGAAGUGCUAAAGCUGUUGAAGAAAGCAUUUGACCAGAGGCUCAUUUUCACUGUUGGGACAUCCAGAACGACUGGGAAGGACAACCAAGUGACCUGGAACGACAUUCACCACAAGACCAACAUGACAGGAGGAGCAGCAGGUUUUGGGUAUCCUGAUGAUCGCUACCUGGGCAGAGUCAAAGAGGAGCUGAAGGCUAAAGGCAUCGUGUGAAGACUUCCAUACAAAGUAGCAGAGGAGAGAUGUUUUCACCCAAAAAGAAUUAAGAUGAUUAUGUAGAACAAGCAAUUAAUAGAAUGCUCAUAUCGUUGUGUUUUAUGCUGUGUAGCUUCUUCUCUUGUAAUUUAUUAUAUUAUCAGUAAGGGUUGUUUUGAGGUGUCGGACAGCAUUUACAGCUUAAGAUUUUAUGGUUUAGCCGAAUGUAACUUAACUUUCUUUGAUGAGAAGGGUUUUCUCAUUAUUUUGUUGAUUGCUAAAGUUUCUCAACCUAUAACAGAAUAACUGAUAUUUGUAUUCAUAAAUUGAACGCUAUGUCUACAGUACACACAAUCUGAUUUACAAUUUGUCUAAUAAAUGAUUAAACCAA